AUGCUUCAAAAAAGAAGCGCCGAGGAAAUGCCUUUGGACGAACCAACAGCUAAAGUCAUUAAGCUUUCAGAUGAUGCUUAUACUUUUACAGAUUUUAUCACAGAACUGAAAGACACAUCAACUUCUAUAAGCGCCAUAUAUAAAUUCACAACAACAGCCUCAAAAUAUCCAGACAUUAGUUAUGACUUGGUGGCUCAUUAUUGUGAAAAUUCCAAUGAUUUUGAAGAUCUUUUCUCUGUUCUGUUUUCUGUUGAGAAAAAUUGUAAAGAUGUUAUUCUUGUCUUUGAUGCUCUUCGCCUGAUUUUGAUUCGAAUUGCUAGUGACCUGAACUGUUAUCGGAAUCUUGGUAACAUGAUUGCUCAGAAAGUUCUUACUGUACAUUUAGAAAUGUUGGAAAAUGUUUUCAAACUUCGCCAUUCUCAAGUGACAUCAGCCAUAAAAUUUUUAACAACCAUUGUUGUUUUCAGUGAAGCAACUGCAAAAUUAGUCAUUGCUAAAUUUCCUUUUCAUAAACCUAACUUUGUUAAAAAUAUGUUAAGCAGAAGAAACAAAGCGGUCAAUGAAGAUACACGUACCUGUUUUUUCCAUUUUAUAUCCUCAUUUUUGGUUACCAGGAGUGAUGCUGUUAUCAGUGAACUAAUUACUAAACAUCAAACAAUUGUGAAACUGAUGUUUGAAGGAAUGGAAGUAGACAAGGCAUCUUCACUUGAAAUUUUUCUGCCCCUUGUUUUAGAAAAGAUUGUCAAAAAUGAUGUAAUUGGUAAAGGUCUCAAGGUGAAAAUAUUUAAAUGUCUUGAAUUAACUGGAUUGGUUAAGUUAUACAAUUGGAAUGGUCCUGAUCAAUGGAAAAAAAUAGUGUUAGAGAAAGUUAAAGUGAAACAAUGUGACAAUGCUGAAGAUCUUGCUAUAAUACGAAAAUGUACACAUGAACUUCUUCUUGAACUUUUGACCUCUACCCGUAAUGGCAUUAUAUUCUUUGAUAAAUCCUUUGGACUCUGUAGCAACAGAACUCUUCAGUAUAUUCUGGAAAAGCUUCUCAAGAAACCGUUCCUUCAGGAUCCGUUAAUGACUGAACUUAUUUGGAAAACAUUUCAAGUUUGCCCUGAACAAAUUCAACCAUUCUUCCAGAAAAUGAAACAACGCUUCAAUAUUAAAGAUACUUCCAAUUUUCUGCUCUUCAUUGAAUUCUUUAAAAAGGUUUUGGAAUAUCAGCCAAAUGUCCUCACUCCUUUGAAGACAUCCCAAAAAUUUCCUCUGGAGAAACUUACUGAAAUGGUAUUAUCCAUUCUUAUACCAUCUUCAUUAAUCAUAAAAGACAUUGAGUUGAAUUUUAAAAAUUCUGAAUUAUACAUUAGACAUGUUUGCCUGGAUUACGUAUUCACAUUGUUGAAGAAAUUAUCAAACAUCUCAAACUAUUGCACAUCAGGCACUUUUCUAGCCAACACUACAGUCUACAGUAAAGCAGACAUUGAAGAAUUCGAUUCACUUUUCAGAGCAGAAAUGAAGAAAUUGCUUCCAAGUACUUCUACUAUAUAUCAAUGUUGGAUAAAAAUGGACAAACCAAAACCUACUGAGACAGAUACUAAAGAAAAUUAUUCAGACAAAGUUGAUCCUCUUGAACAUGUGGCACUCAGUAUGCAGAUAUUUUGCCUCUAUCAAUCUCUGAUGCCUUCUUCUCUGUCUGAUGCCACCUUUGGAGAAAUCAUAAGUAGAAUGCAGAAGCUUUUUAAUCUGUGGAAAGAACACAAGGAAACUACUGAGGAAGACAACAGUGGUAAUAGUUGUUCAGUGUCAGAUGAGAGAAACCUGAAGAUUCAAUUGCAGACUAAAAUAAAAUUAUAUUUUUUCAAGUUAUUUGCUGACAUUGGUCUACAGUGGGCAAAGAGUAAUGAUCUGAAGCAAGCUCACAUACACAUUAUUCUGGAUUUGUUAGUAACCAUUCAAGAUCCUCAACUGCUUAUAAUCAACAAGUCAUUAGUAUGUCAGCUCCUCUACAAAACUGGUUUCUUUGCGGGUUUGAAAAAUGAAAUCCUUAUAUGGCUUGAUUGGCUGGUUCAUUUUGGUGCUGGCCAAGAAGGGGAUACUUUACUCCAGUUUGUGUCAAAUUUAUUUAUGGUUUAUAUUUCAAAUCCUUACACACACAUUGACCAAGUGAUAAAUGUGAUCGCUAAGGCUCCCAAACUUGGAACUGAAGUCAGUGAAGAUGACAAACUGAGCACAUCUCUUCUUGAUGCAGUUUUAGAAAAUUUUAAUGAAGCUGAAUUAAAUGAGGCUGAAUCUGAAACUGUUGUAGCUGACAGCAACAAGAACAGCAUCAGAUUACCAUUCAGUCCUCUGAUUAUCAUUGCUUCUGAUCUGACUAAGGAUGAACCUGCAUCAAAAAAUUCUGCCUUGAAAAAUUUCUUAAGAUCUGUGUUAUUAGAUUUGUUCCAUGCUCAGUCGGAUCCACUGGCUCUUUGUUCUUUUGUGCUCAACAAAAAUAUCAAAGACCUCUGGUGGAUGAAUAAAAGAAUUGUUAAUUAUAUCAGAUCGAUCUUACCAGACACAAAAGGUACUGAAGUUUUACCUGAUGCCAGAAAAACUUUAGAACUUUAUUUCAAAAUUAUAAAGAAAAUAUUAAAUCAUUUAUUUGAGGAACUUUCAAAGGAUUCCUCUGUAAAUCCUUUAGAACAGUUUGCUCUGAAAGAUUUUGAAAUUUUUCAAAUGCAGAAGACUCCAGUAGGAGACCUCUUGAAGCAAGUCCUUGAUAUUCUCUCAUCUCAAAGUUCUUUGCUGUAUUGGUUUUUCUUUCUUGAUAAAAAUUCCUUAGAAUCUAAAUGCACCAGUGAAACUUACAGUUUUAUCAAGAAUCUUGUUACUGAUGAAUUAGUUCAGAUAUUUUGUCUUUUAUCUAAGGUAUCCAGUAAGAAAAAAAAGAUCCUUCCAGAAGUUUAUAGCCUGAAAAUACUUCAGUCUCUAAAUAACUUAUGUCAGCAGUCCAAGAAAAAAGGAGUUAUUAAAGCAGAUGUUUUUAAAAAUAUAAGCAACCUUGUUGAUACUCUUGAUUUUAUUACCAUCCAAAAAAUUAUUACUAUUUUUGUUCAAUCCCCAAAGAAUAGUGUAAUUUAUGAAGAUAGUUUGAAUAUUUCUGGUGAAACUUUAGUGAAGUUACUGAAUCAUUUAUUAACAAAUAAUAAAAAUAUGGACUUAGAAAUAACAAAUGUAAAUAUUAUUUUUCAUCUCCUGAAAUCCUCUAAACUGUUGAUGGGACUCUUUACAAGAUUACUUCUUUUCAAACCAUAUUACUGUUUAGUGUGCUCUGCCAAAACAUUUAAAUAUUUCCUCACUAUGGAACCUCCAGAUCAUUUAAACCUGGUUCAGAUUUUGAUGAAAUUUAAUCCAAAUUUAGAUCAGGUUUUUGUUGACUGGAUUCUGGAAGAUGGCUUGACUAAGGACUGUUUAGAAACAUAUCUUGAAGUGUGUAUUUGUUGGUGCCAAUUGCAGAAUGUACCACUUGAAGGUGACAAAAUAGUAUGUCUCAAGAAAAUCACUAAGAUUUACCGUAAAUAUCUGUUUAAAUGGAUGAACCAACUGGGAACAACUGAUCCAGAGGAUAGUUCUCACAAUACCAAAUGCUAUAAACUUUUACAAGAAUUUACUCGAUUACAUGUUUCUGGAUAA